GAAAGGAAAGGUAUAACAGGUGACAGGUCAAGUCACAGGUAAUCCCAAGUCACGACGCCAAAUAUUCUUCUUUUCAUCUUCGCUCUUUCUCUCUCUUCACUCGUCUUCGUCCUCUUCCUCUGCGCCCUAACCGAAUUCAAUUCCAAUUCCUCUCAUCAAAACCCCCAAACCAAGCCUCGCUCGAUCCUGAAACCCUAAUUCGAUGUGGGCAGCUUCGUGCCUCGCGUCAUGCUGCGCGGCCUGCGCGUGCGACGCCUGCAGGACCGUCGUUUCGGGAAUCAGCCGUCGUUCCGCCAGAAUCGCUUACUGCGGCCUUUUCGCCUUCUCUCUCGUCGUCGCUUGGAUUCUCCGCGAGGUCGCUGCUCCUCUCAUGGAAUCACUUCCCUGGAUCAACCACUUCAAACAGACUCCCAGCCGAGAAUGGUUUGAAACAGAUGCUGUUCUGCGGGUUAGCUUGGGCAAUUUUCUGUUUUUCACUAUUCUAGCGAUUUUGAUGGUUGGUGUGAAAACUCAGAAGGAUCCUCGGGACAAUAUGCACCACGGAGGUUGGAUGUUUAAAAUUCUCUGUUGGUGCCUUCUGGUGAUCUUUAUGUUUUUCCUUCCAAAUGAGAUCGUCAGCUUCUAUGAGUCAAUAUCAAAGUUCGGCUCGGGUAUGUUUCUUCUUGUUCAAGUCGUGCUCUUGUUGGAUUUUGUUCAUGGAUGGAAUGACAAAUGGGUUGGAUUUGAUGAACAAUUCUGGUAUGUUGCUCUAUUUGUUGUUUCACUUGUUUGUUAUGUGGGAUCGUUUGCAUUCUCGGGAGUUCUCUUUCACUUUUUCACACCAUCUGGACAAGACUGUGGACUCAAUAUCUUCUUUAUUACUAUGACCCUGAUUCUCACAUUUGUUUUUGCCAUAGUGGCUUUGCAUCCUGCAGUAAAUGGAAGCAUUUUGCCUGCAUCAGUAAUAUCAUUAUACUGCACGUAUCUCUGCUAUAGUGCCCUGGCUAGUGAACCAAGAGAUUAUGAAUGCAAUGGCCUUCACAAACACUCAAAAGCUGUUUCCACUGGCACCCUUACUUUGGGUCUAUUUACAACUGUUCUAUCUGUUGUUUAUUCUGCUGUGCGUGCUGGAUCUUCUGCUGCGGUGCUUUCCCCACCAAGCUCCCCUCGUGCUGGUAAGCCUUUGCUUCCGUUGGAUGUGAAGGAAGAAGAAGAGAAUGAGAAAGCCAAGCCAGUUACAUAUUCAUAUGCUUUCUUCCACUUGAUUUUCUCUCUUGCUAGCAUGUAUUCUGCAAUGCUUCUGACUGGUUGGUCAACCUCUGUUGGAGAGAGUGGGAAGUUGGUUGAUGUGGGGUGGCCUUCUGUGUGGGUUCGGAUUGUCACUUCCUGGGCAACUGCUCUACUGUACUUAUGGUCUCUCGUAGCUCCUAUCAUGUUCCCAGAAAGGGAGUUCUGAGCAUCAUGUUCCUAAGUUUCAAGGUUCUGAUGAAAAAUGUGGCCCCUAACUACUAUGUAAUCGACUUGUGUUGCUUUUAUUAUAGGCUAUACGACAUGCAUCUAUAUCAACAUAUAUUGGAAUUAAGUGUUCCAAAUGACAUGAUUCCAAGUGGUGUGCUUUUAACUGUAUAGUGAAAGAUUUGUUCCACGAACAAAUCUAUAUUUUAUCAUAUGAUCUGUUUCUGCAUC